GGGAACAUGGGAGGAGCUCCUGAUCCCGACCUCAACGCCUCCCUGUGGCUCCGCCCCUGCGUUAACGCCUCCUGUCAGCCUCCAAUCAGAGCGGCGUGUCCGUACAGCACGGUCCAGCUGGUCCUCAUCGUCAUGGUAACCGCCUCCCUCAGCGUGGUCACCGUCCUGGGCAACACGCUGGUGAUCCUGUCCAUCAAAGUCAACCGCCACCUGAGGACUGUCAACAACUACUUCGUGUUGAGCCUGGCGGUGGCCGACCUGAUCAUCGGCGUGCUCUCCAUGAACCUGUACACGCUCUACCUGCUGCGGGGCCGCUGGCCGCUGGGGGCCGCCGUCUGCGACCUGUGGCUCGUUGUGGACUACGUGGUGAGCAACGCCUCCGUCAUGAACCUGCUGAUCAUCAGUUUGGAUCAGUACUUCUGCAUGACGCGGCCGCUCAGCUACCCGGCAUGGCGGACGGGCGGCAUGGCCGGUCUGAUGAUCUGCGCCGCCUGGCUGGUGUCCUUCGUCCUCUGGGCCCCCGCCAUCCUCUGCUGGCAGACGCUGGGGGGCGAACGUGUCGUCCCCGAUGGAGAGUGUUACACGCAGCUCUUUGCCAGCCCCGCUGUCACCCUGGGCACGACGCUUCCUUCUUUUUGCCUGCCGGCACUCGUCAUGGUCGUCCUGUACAGCCGUCUGUCCGCCGCCAGCCGCAGUCGACUGAGCGUGCUCCAGUCGACUGCGGACGUGUCCAGCUCGGACGUGUCUCUGAACCAAUCAGAGUCCAGCACCCCGAAGCCCAGAAGGAACCGGAAGCUGUCCAGAAGUCCAGGUGACACCAAAGAGCCUCAGCAGUGUCAGACCGCCGCCCGCCACGCCACCAACAAAGACUUCAACAAGAUGGAAACCGACUCCUCGUCCAACGCUGACCUCCACAGGACGGCGUCGGCGGCGUUCUCUGCCUGCCCCAGCUUCAAGUCUCAGGAGAGACGGAGGCGUCGUGUGAUGGCGAGGGAGAGGAGGGUCACCAAGACCAUCCUGGCCAUCCUGCUGGCCUUCAUCCUCACUUGGACGCCGUACAACAUCAUGGCCGUGGUCGCAGCCUUCUGUCACGUGUACAUCCCGAGCGACCUGUGGACGGCGGGCUACUGGCUCUGUUACAUCAACAGCGCCAUCAACCCGGGCUGCUACGCCCUCUGUAACGUCACCUUCAGGAAGACCUUCUGCAGCCUGCUGCGCUGCCGCGGCAGGCAAGGCCUAUAGAAAGGAGGCCGGGUCACGCGUCAUCAAGGCGUCAUAUCUUUGGGGGUAUAACACAUGCGCAGUAAAAUCUGGUCUGCACUUGCCGAAAUUGAGCCAAUCGCAACG